CAGCCCGGCUUCCGGUCUCCUCCCAAGCGAAGCAGUUUUACGGUUGCUACUGACCGUUACUGCUCCAUCCUUCUCCGUUGUCGUCUUUUCUUCAGUAUCAAGCCUUUUCGAGGACUCCCCUCUUCGUAGUAGGUGCAAUAGGAAACCGAAAUCAUGACAGACUCCAAAUACUUCACCACCAAUAAAAAAGGGGAAAUUUUUGAACUGAAAGCUGAACUCAACAAUGAAAAAAAGGAGAAGAGGAAGGAAGCAGUGAAAAAAGUUAUUGCUGCCAUGACAGUGGGGAAGGAUGUCAGUUCCCUUUUCCCUGAUGUAGUGAAUUGUAUGCAGACAGAUAACUUGGAGCUAAAGAAGCUGGUGUAUCUCUACUUGAUGAACUAUGCCAAAAGUCAGCCAGAUAUGGCCAUCAUGGCUGUGAACAGUUUUGUGAAAGACUGUGAAGAUCCCAACCCUCUCAUCCGUGCUCUAGCGGUGCGCACUAUGGGAUGUAUCCGUGUGGACAAGAUCACUGAAUACUUGUGUGAACCUCUCCGGAAGUGUCUGAAGGAUGAAGACCCGUAUGUGCGUAAGACCGCUGCUGUCUGCGUGGCCAAACUUCAUGACAUCAAUGCCCAAAUGGUAGAAGAUCAAGGCUUUCUGGAUUCGUUGCGUGAUCUCAUUGCAGACUCCAAUCCCAUGGUUGUGGCCAAUGCUGUUGCUGCCUUGUCUGAAAUCAGUGAAUCUCACCCCAAUAGCAACCUGCUAGAUCUGAACCCUCAGAACAUCAACAAGCUACUCACUGCUUUAAAUGAAUGCACGGAGUGGGGGCAGAUAUUCAUCCUAGACUGCCUUUCCAACUACAACCCAAAGGAUGACCGUGAAGCCCAAAGCAUAUGCGAACGGGUGACACCUCGCCUCUCUCAUGCCAACUCCGCUGUUGUGCUUUCGGCUGUCAAAGUGCUGAUGAAGUUCCUAGAGCUCCUUCCCAAGGAUUCCGACUACUACAACAUGCUGCUGAAGAAACUGGCCCCUCCCCUGGUCACCUUGCUGUCUGGCGAGCCUGAAGUCCAAUAUGUUGCUUUGAGGAACAUCAACUUGAUUGUGCAGAAAAGGCCUGAAAUCCUGAAGCAGGAGAUCAAGGUGUUUUUUGUGAAAUACAAUGACCCCAUCUACGUGAAACUGGAGAAACUCGAUAUCAUGAUUCGCUUAGCAUCCCAGGCCAACAUUGCUCAGGUUUUAGCAGAACUGAAGGAGUAUGCCACUGAAGUGGAUGUAGACUUUGUACGCAAAGCCGUCCGUGCCAUUGGACGAUGUGCCAUCAAAGUUGAACAAUCUGCUGAGCGUUGUGUGAGCACACUUCUGGAUCUCAUCCAGACUAAGGUCAACUAUGUAGUGCAGGAAGCCAUCGUGGUCAUCCGGGAUAUCUUCCGCAAGUAUCCCAACAAGUAUGAGAGUAUCAUUGCCACACUUUGUGAAAACCUUGAUUCUCUGGAUGAGCCAGAUGCUCGAGCGGCAAUGAUCUGGAUUGUGGGCGAAUAUGCCGAGAGAAUUGACAAUGCAGAUGAGCUCUUGGAGAGCUUCCUGGAGGGCUUCCAUGACGAAAGCACCCAGGUGCAGCUCACUUUGUUGACUGCCAUUGUAAAGCUAUUUUUGAAGAAGCCUUCUGAAACACAGGAACUGGUCCAGCAAGUGCUGAGUCUUGCUACCCAGGAUUCUGACAACCCAGAUCUACGUGACCGUGGCUACAUUUACUGGCGACUCCUCUCCACAGACCCUGUCACUGCCAAGGAGGUGGUUUUGUCAGAGAAGCCCCUUAUCUCUGAAGAGACCGAUUUGAUCGAGCCCACUCUACUGGAUGAACUCAUUUGCCACAUUGGUUCACUGGCAUCAGUGUAUCACAAACCACCCAAUGCCUUUGUGGAAGGCAGCCACGGAAUCCACCGCAAACACCUGCCUAUCCAUCAUGGAAGUACUGAUGCAGGAGACAGCCCUGUGGGAACCAUGAGUGCUACAAACCUGGAACAACCUCAGGUGAUUCCAUCCCAAGGAGAUCUCUUGGGUGACCUCUUGAACCUCGACCUGGGGCCUCCAGUGAAUGUUCCCCAAGUGUCUUCCAUGCAGAUGGGUGCUGUGGACCUUCUAGGAGGUGGACUUGAUAGCCUGCUUGGCAGUGACCUUGGCGGGGGAAUUGGAGGCAGCCCAGCAGUGGGACAGACCUUCAUCCCAUCAUCAGUCCCAGCCACAUUUGCUCCCUCCCCUACCCCAGCUGCGGUCAGCAGUGGACUGAAUGAUCUCUUUGAACUCUCCUCUGGCAUCGGCAUGGCACCUGGUGGAUAUGUGGCUCCCAAAUCGGUCUGGUUGCCGGCUGUGAAAGCCAAAGGCCUGGAAAUUUCUGGAACCUUUGGCCAUCGGCAAGGACAUAUCUACAUGGAUAUGAGUUUCACCAACAAGGCUCUUCAACACAUGAGUGACUUUGCCAUUCAGUUCAACAAGAACAGCUUUGGAGUCAUCCCCAGCACCCCACUGGCCAUUCACACUCCUCUGAUGCCAAACCAAAGCAUUGAUGUUUCUCUUCCACUCAACACUUUGGGGCCAGUCAUGAAAAUGGAACCUCUGAACAAUCUUCAGGUGGCUGUAAAGAACAACAUUGAUGUUUUUUACUUCAGCUGUCUUAUUCCCCUCAAUGUGCUUUUCGUGGAAGACGGCAAAAUGGAACGCCAAGUUUUCCUCGCAACAUGGAAAGACAUCCCAAAUGAAAAUGAACUUCAGUUCCAAAUUAAAGAAUGUCACCUGAAUGCUGAUACUGUUUCCAGUAAGCUCCAGAACAACAACAUAUAUACCAUUGCCAAGAGAAAUGUGGAAGGCCAGGACAUGCUGUACCAGUCACUGAAGCUUACCAAUGGCAUCUGGAUACUGGCUGAACUACGCAUUCAGCCUGGCAAUCCCAACUAUACGCUGUCUCUGAAGUGCCGAGCCCCUGAAGUGUCCCAGUACGUCUACCAAGUCUACGAUGCCAUUUUGAAAAACUGAUCUGUCAAACCACCACCACUGCCAGCAUCUCACCACAUGGGGAAUGGGAGCGGGGCUAACUCCACAUCUACUGCCACCGCCCGUGUGUUGGUGUAGGCCAAGAACAUUCCUUCCCUCGAUCUUGGAAAAGCAGCUCUAUGUUGUGUCCAAGAUCUCAGCUCCAGAUGCUGAGGCUAAAUCAAGGUAGCAAGUAGUGUCCAUGUGCCGGUAACAGUAGGGGAUGUUGCAUUUGAUACUUUUAGCAUCUGUGAGAAUUUUGUAACCACUCCGCAUCAGCUGUUUUUGCAGUCCUGUGUGCCAUGUCUGUCUCGUUUGUUCCUGUGGCUUCUUCAUCUCGUGCCAAUGCUUUGCAUUUUCUAAACCACUGUCGGCCUCUGGUUAAUAUUUUGUAAUAUGCUUCUUCAUUUUAAUAAAUGCACAUGCACACACACGCACUCAGCCCAGCCAGAGGCAUCUGAGAGAAAACACACACACUGCACUUUAUUAUUCUUUUGUAUUUGCGUACUGCUGAUUAAUUUUUGUAAUGAACCAGCUGUCUACAAUAAGCAGGAAUAAAGGAGGGGCAUUGAAACAAGACUAGUUGUACAACUGUUGCAAGGAAACCAAUGCUGGCUUAUUGAUUUAACCUUGGGAAAUUCGAUUACCUGGUACGAAUUGUAGUUUAUUAUUAUUUAAGGCCUCUCCUUGCCUGCCCUCCCUUAUAGACUGAAAAAUCCCAUCAUUUACUAAACCUAAUCCUGUGGACUCCUGAGGGUUUGUAGCUGAAGAGCCAAUCUAUUGCUCAAUUUUCUUCAAAUUGAGAGGCAUUGCUGCCCCUGCAUGCAUCAGUGUGCAUCACAGCUCCAUAUUCUCUUUUCAUGUCCUGCCGAUUGCACAGCGGGUUCUGAUAGUUUUGUGCAUGUGUGGUCUCUUUGG